UGCCGAUGAAAUCGAUGGAUUGAAAUAUGGAUGUGGUUCGAGUCUAAGCUAAAAUAAUACGAUUGAGGAAGAGAGAAAAGUUUUUUCUCUGAUAGGGAUAUAUCACAUUUUAAUUAUAACUUAUACUUUUUGUUUUUAUUUUAAAAGUAGUUAAAAUCUGAGACACAUUUUGUACAUAAAAUAAUAAUAAUUUGUAUCGUAAUGCGAAAAGUGCAUGAACGCGAAGUUAAAACGCGCGGGGUAGUGUCAAUCUUGGUGCGUGAAGUUGACCGCGCGGGAGAUGAAGCCGCUAUAUUCACGUUUCAUUUACAGAACGCAGCGGACCGGCUGCAAAGCGGAUGCGUCAACGCGACUUGUUUAACAGAACACAACGAACGCGAUGCAGAUCGGGCCGGGGAUGAGUGGCGUCGUAAACUCAUUAAACAGAACGCGGCGGACGUGGGACGAACCGGCUCCAGCACGGGUGUCAUCGCGACGUAUUUAACAGAACGCAGCGGACGCGGGACGGAUCGGAACCGGAGCAAGGAGUGUCGCAGCUUGUUUAACAGAACGUGACGAGCGCGGAACAGUUCGGCUCCGGAACGAGUGCAUGGCGUCACGUCUCAUUCAACUGAAUGCGAUGGACACUUACAGAACGCGGAACGAAGUGCUUCCGAAAUGAGUGGUAUCGUGAUCUAACUGAACGCGGUGGAUGAAAGACCAAUUUGUUCUAGAACGAAUAGCUUGUGAAUCAGUUUGACAACU